AUGGCGCUGCUACUGCAGAGGGCCCUUUGCUCUCCGCUCCCCUCGCCCUGCCCCGUGCCUGCGGGCGGGGGAGACAGACCGUUGGGCUCACAGCCGGGCCCGAGCCCGGCGCUCCUAAUGGGGCGGGUGGGGUUGCCGGGCGCGCGCAGGCCCCGGCUCUCGCGGCCGCUUUCCAACCGCCCGCCCCCGUCGGUCUCCAUGGUGACGGCCUGGGGCCAUGGCGGAGGUGGCCGCGGUGCUGCUGCCGGGGGAGGCCGAGGCCCUGGUGCAGGCGCUGCGGAGCGGCCCGCUGCGGAACACCGGGGACCACGGAUGGCUCCGGCAGCACGAGGCCAUCGAGAAGCUGAACAUGCAGGCCAUUCUGAGCGCCUCUGCCGGCCAGGAACAGCUCCUCAUCGAGCUGCUGGUGAACUAUGCCAAGAUCCCUACUCUCAUCGAGGAAUUGAUCUCUGUGGAGAUCUGGAAGCACAAGGUGUUCCCUGUGCUGUGCCAGCUGGAGGAUUUCAAGCCAAAAAGCACCUUUCCCAUCUACUUGGUGCUGCACCAUGAAGCUUCUAUUGUCAACCUCCUGGAGACAGUGUUUUUUCACAAGGAGAUCUGCGAAUCAGCUGAGGACACCAUUCUGGACUUGAUCGAUUAUAGCUACCGGAAACUGACCCUGCUAGCAGCUUGGAGCACCAACAGGGAGUUUCCAACCCACGAAAAGCUUCUGCCUGAGGAUCUGACCAAUGCAUCAUCAAUGCAGGAACUACAGAAGCAGGCAGAGAUGAUGGAGUUUAAGAUCUCCCUGAGGGCUCUUUCUGUGCUCCGUUUCAUCACUGAUCAGGUAGACAGUUUGCCACUGAGUGCCCUGACACGGAUGCUGAACACUCAUAACGUGCCCUGCCUCCUGGUAGAGCUCCUAGAGCAUUGUCCAUGGAGCCACCGUGAAGCAGGCAAGCUAAAGAAGUUUGAGAAUGGAGUGUGGCAUGUGGUGCCCCCUGAAGACCAUGUGAAGAUGACCAAGCUGGAUGGGCAGGUGUGGAUUGCCCUCUAUAACCUCCUCCUGAGCCCAGAAUGCCAGAGGAAAUACAACUUGGACGGUUUCAACAAGAGCCAGCUCCUAAAGGUUCCUGUCAUCAGGGACCGCAUUGUCAGAGAGAAUUCUGGGAAGUGGCAGGCGAUCGCCAAGCACCAGGUGAAGCACAUGUUCAGCCCCUCAGAGGACGAGUUGAAAGAUCUGGCAUGCCGGUGGGCACGGACAUACAACCUGGAUGUGAUGGAGGCUCUCGUCCCAGAGAAACCCAAGUGUGGGCUGUGCGGCUUUGAGGCAACAAAGCGCUGCUCUCGAUGCCAGAAUGAGUGGUACUGCAAACGGGAGUGCCAGGUGCAGCACUGGCAGAAGCACAAGAAAGCUUGCAACCUGAUGGCUGAUGCCUUGAAGAAAAUAAAAGAGGACCUGAAAGUGCAGCCGUAAUGCAGAGCCAGAGCUUUCCAAAGAGGGACUUCUCCUCCCAGGCAUUCCAGCAAUCCAAGAGCAAAGGGUCGCCAGUUAGAACUAGAGACAGACAACCCCUUGUUCAUCUAACCUGGGCCCAGUGCACCACUGGUGCCUGCCUCCUGUGUAACUGUACAUGCUGUGGUAAUGCAUGGGCUGCUCCAGAUCCCAGCCUUGCAGCCACGGACAGGGAUCAGGGAUCAUGCUCAGCUCAGUGGGAGACAGCAGCCACUGGCCAGCACAACUGCUGAGAUUGGGAGCCUUGGUUCUCUCAUACCCCAUUCUGUCUCCUAGUUUCUAAACACUUCCUUGCUUGAGAACAGGCUUAUCCUGACCUCGGGGACUCAUUUAUGCUAAGCAGCUUUCUCCGUGCUGCCACCCAUGACACAGAAGCAGCUUGUGUUACUGGGCAUCCUGCCUGAAGCAGGCGCCACCUGCCGUCAUGCAGCAUGGCAGUGAGUGCAGAUCUCGCCACAGUGCGGCAGAGCACAAUGGCGGCUGACAAGUUUGGAACUAACCACUGACUGCUGCUCUCACUACCUGCUGCUGGGACUGUACCAUGGGCCUUAAGGAAAAUAUAUUUUCUGCUCCCAGGGCUCAGAGGCCAGCAAUAGCCGCACUGGGCUCAGACCCUCUUCUGCUGUGACUCCCCCCUCCCCCCCUUACAAUUUGUUCUCCAGUAAAUGGGUUGAACCACUAACCAUCUUGUUCUCAUUCAUCUCCAUUCUGUAACAGUCUGCAGCAGCCACCUUAGAGAUGACAAAACCACUUCCUCACUUAUUUCCUGCAUCAUCCUACUGGGGAGGAUUUUAUAAACCCCAUCUCUGCCAAUAAUGAGUUUAUAAGGUCUCUGUUGAUGCUCAGAUGCCAGUCAGGGCCAUACAGGCUGGGAGGGAAUUGCCCAGAAGGUGACAUCUUCUGUACCUUCCUUAUCUAGGUGCUCAGUUCUAUAACAUCCUUGCAUGGGCCUUGCCGUGUAGGCUGGGGGAGGGGCAGGGAAAAGGAUGUGGUUAGGACAAAUACUUCAAUUUUCGGAGGCUCAUUGUUUCACGGUUUAGAGCAUAAUGCGGUGUCUUGGUGGCUACCGAGGGACUUGCCUCCUGCUCUGGGGUUUUCUCUUUUCUCUGCAGUGUAGUGAGAAACGAAAUUAAUAAUCAGCUCCAUCCAGAAAGCAGCACGAGUCAUUCUUGUGUCAGCCCUGGUCAUCCAAAGUCGUGUUCUGGUCAGAAUGCCAAGGAUCAGUCCCCAUGCAGCUCGUCUCCAGUCAUGUUGAUAUUGAUCUUCCCCAUGUUUGAUAUUGAUCUCCCCCCCCAUGCUGAACACCCUGUAGCUAAGUUCAUCAGUAACUUCCCUAGUUGUUUGGGUCAUGCUAUGAGGUGUGCUGGCUCCCCCAGUGUUAGGUAAUAAUUGGAGAUAUACCAAUCGCCUAGAACUGGAAGGGACCUCGAAAGGUCAUCAAGUCCAGCCCCCUGCCUUCACUAGCAGGACCAAUUUUUGCCCCAGAUCCCUCAGUGGCCUCCUCAAGGAUUGAACUCACAACCCUGGGUUUAGCAGGCCAAUGCUCAAACCACUGAGCUAUCCCUCCCCCCGGUUAGCCUCCAGUGAGCCUGAAUCCUGCCAGCUCAAUCCUGUUAAUGACCAUGUCUGUGAAUGCAGCAUAGUUGUAGCUGUGUUGGUCCCAGGCUAUGAGAGAGACAAGGUGGAUGAGGUAGUAUCUUUUAUUGAACCCACUUCUGUUGGUGAGAGAGACAAGCUUUUGAGUUACGCAGUG